UGGCUGGCAAGUUGAAUUGUAAGGUGUGUUCAAAUUAGAUUUUUUUUUUUUGGCAUUUCCUAAAAAGGGGUGUUUGGCAGGCCUGGUAUACAGCUAGUGUAUUAUAAUAACUUUCCUGUGCCUGGUUCUUUAUCAUGGGCGUUGACAUUCUCGUUUAUUGAGCAUCUAAACCCUCUGGGAUGGUAGUAUCCACACUUCAUGUGUUAAUGGCUAUUGGGAAAGCUUUGCAAUAGGCAGUCGCAAACUCCCCCACCCCAGGAGCUGUGCAGGUAACCUAAGCGAGUGAGGCUGGCCAGGUGUGGGCCAUUGGUUCCUGGAUAGCUGUGUCCAUUGCUGUUGGGGUCAGAGUCCACUAGGUUCUAUCCUCUGCUUGCUGGAUUUUCUGUAUUUAAAGAAUCCCAGUACCCUGACUUUUUAAUGGAAUACCUUGAUUUUUAAAAUUGAAACCGCUCUACAGACCCACGUGUGAGCUGAUGUGCUCUCUGGCUGCAGGUUGGCUCUCUGGGUUGGAGAAUUACUGCAGACUCCGCAGAGGUGAGGAGGACAUGUAUCGUGACGCGGAUGAAAUAGAAAAGGAGAAAGAAUUACUUAUACAUGAAAGAGGGUUAUCAGAAGCCAGAUUAAGUGUAGCUCCUGAAAUGGACAUCAUGGACUACUGCAAAAAAGAAUGGAGGGGAAAUACACAAAAAGCCACAUGUAUGAAAAAGGGCUACGAGGAGGUGUCGCAGAAGUUCACCUCUAUACGGCGAGUCCGUGGAGACAAUUACUGUGCGCUGAGGGCCACGCUGUUCCAGGCGAUGAGCCAGCCGGCAGCGCUGCCGUCCUGGCUGCAGGACCCGGAGCUCACGCUGUUACCGGAAAAACUCAUAAGCAAAUACAAUUGGAUCAAGCAGUGGAAACUUGGACUGAAAUUUGAGGGGAAGAGCGAGGACCUGGUUGAUAAAAUUAAGGAGUCCCUCACACUGCUAAGGAAGAAGUGGGCAGGCUUGGCAGAACUGAGAACUGCUGAAGCGAGGCAGAUAGCUUGCGAUGAACUGUUCACAAAUGAGGAAGAGGAAUAUAGCCUCUAUGAAGCUGUAAAAUUUCUAAUGCUAAACAGAGCCAUUGAACUAUACGAUGACAAAGAGAAGGGAAAGGAAGUACCAUUUUUCUCUGUGCUUCUGUUUGCUCGGGACACAUCGAAUGAUCCUGGACAGCUGCUAAGGAACCACCUAAACCAGGUGGGACACACUGGUGGCCUUGAACAGGUGGAAAUGUUCCUUCUUGCCUAUGCCGUGCGCCACACCAUCCGGGUGUACCGGCUCUCCAAGUACAGCACCGAAGAAUUCAUCACGGUCUACCCCACCGACCCACCCACGGACUGGCCGGUGGUGACCCUGAUCGCCGAGGACGACCGGCACUACAACAUCCCCGUCAGAGUGUGCGAGGAGACGAGUCUGUGAGGGACGCGUGCCUGGACGGCCCGGCCACACGGCCGAGGUGCCCUGGCAGCUCCCUGCCGCGGCCCGCGGGCUUCCAGGUCUCUUCGGGUGACCCACGGGGACUGUUGGGCCGGGCGAGCCAAGCUGGACUGGGCUGUUCUGAGGACGGCUUUUGGUCGUUAGAACUAACCAGGGGUUUUCCCUCCUCUCUGAUGCAAUAUGUUUCCUCGGGGGCCUUCAGAGCACUUCUUUUGGAAGGUACAAACUACAUCUUCUCCAUAAAACAAACCUUUUGUAUCAGAGGAGACGCCUCUCGGAGAGGAGUGUGUUCUUCACGUCUCAGAAGCAGACUCUCUAAUGUAAAUUAGGUCUCAGUUUUUUCUCAAGAUAGUAAUUUUUGGUUUUGGGGGUGAUGGGUCUCCGGAGUGCCCGUCCUAUGCAAUUCGGCUUACGUGGCCUAACUCUGAGGCGGAGCCUGUUAGGGGCACAGUCAUAACGUCCUCUGAUAGUCUUACUGAGCACUGGUUCGGGCUUACAUGUUCAUUAAAGCUAUCCUAAGCA